CAUAAACGUAGCGUUCGUCGCAAUAUCGAUCAUCGAGCGGGCAAGAACAUAAGUAGCAAGUAAAGCCGGCUCACUGCUCGGGUUGGCAGAAGAACUUUGUAUUUCGCGACUAUUGUACUUGGCGGUCAACAUUCUAUGCAACCCCAAACGAUCAAGUCAAGAUGCCUCUCUGGAUCGUCUACCAUCCAUCCACGACCUUCCAGACCGAGGAAGAGAAAGGAGCGUUCAGCAAAGAUGUCACCCAGAUAUACACAAGCGUAGGCCUACCAGCAUUCUACGUUGUGGUCAACUUCAUCAAGCUCGAAGAGGGCGAGACAUGGGUCGGCGGUGAAAAGCGCACGGCGAAACCUUUUAUUCGACUCGCGAUCGACCACAUUGCAAUUAAUCUGCCCAACGAAGACGCGUCAUAUCGUCGCGUAACAAGCAAAAUCGAUCAGACCUUGAAACCACACAUCGAAGACAAGGGAUAUGAUUGGGAGUAUCAUGUUUCCGAGACUGAAAGGCGGUUAUGGAAGGUCAACGGCUUGAUCCCACCAGCACAUCCUUCUGAGGAGGAGAAACUAUGGGUUGAAAGGAAUCGCGCAGUGGAGUAUCCAGGAUCCAAGACAUAAACGGCAUCGUCCGACGGAGAGAGUCCAAUGCUGCAUUGGAACCAGGUGAACUUUGUAAGCAUUUCCUAGCAUUCACCAACAUGCCACAGCGUUGUGACCAUUUUAUAAUUUUCAAACUCAAUCGUCAUGUUGAGACAGGUUGAAUAAUGCUAUCAAAUUCCUGUGGGUAGGGCGCUUUGGUGCAGUGGAACGCAAUGCCUCGCUCGUUGCGAAGUCUUCAUUGCGGCAGUUCUAGUUGCUGCACGUGCAGCGCCUGAACAUCAAUGAUGAUCCUGGCAGCUCUGGUGACUUGAAUCGUUGGAAAUAUGUACUGAUUGUAGUUGUUCGUGGCUGGCUAAAACGUAA